AUGGUUGUAGGUUCGGAUUUACCUGCCGACCUGAGAGGUUUGGUUGAUUUAUGGCUAAAAUAUGACAAAGACACUGAUACUCGUGCUGAAAUUGAACAACUGGUUGAAGGGAAACAGUGGUCAGAGCUACAUGCUCGAUUGGACAGCAGAAUAUCAUUCGGGACAGCUGGAUUAAGAGCAAAAAUGGAGGCCGGCUUCAGUCGUAUGAAUAGUUUAACUGUUUUACAAGCAUCUCAGGGCCUAGCAAGGUAUAUUGCAGAACAAUUCCCUGAACGUAAGAUAGCCGUGGUAGGACAUGACCAUCGAUACAAUUCAGAUCGUUUCGCCCGUGUGACAUUAGCAGCAUUUCUCCAGCUCGGUUUCAAGGUUUACUACUUAUGUUUACCUCAAGGAUCUCAGAAAGAGGAAUUUGUUCAUACCCCUAUGGUUCCUUUCACAAUAAAUCAAGUUGGCGCCUCUGUCGGUGUCAUGAUUACCGCAAGUCACAAUCCGAAAAUGGACAACGGCUAUAAAGUAUAUUAUGCAAAUGGAUGUCAAAUCAUACCUCCUCACGAUCGCUUGAUUGCCAAAUCCAUUGAGGAAAAUCUCAUUCCGUUUGAGAGGGCAUGGGACUGUGACAACCUAAUAAGCGAGGGUCUCGAAAGCUACCAGUUGUGUGAUGUUAAAGAAAACAUGACAGCUGCAUAUGUUAAUACACUUAAAGAUAAGCUCCUUAAAACGCAUUUGAAGCCAGCGGAGAAGCCAUGGUUUAUUUACACGCCAAUGCAUGGAGUUGGCUACGAAAUUUUCAAAAGAAUUGCCGACAAUGUGUUAGGCCUUUGUGAAGAUAGGGACUUUUGUUACGUGAAAGAACAGCAAAAUCCAGAUCCAGCUUUUCCUACAGUGAAUUUUCCAAACCCAGAAGAGAAGGGUGCUUUAGAUAUGGCAAUAACCUUGGCUAAGGCCAAGAAUAUCUCAUUAGUUCUCGCCAAUGAUCCUGAUGCCGAUAGAUUUUCGGCAGCUGUAAAAAUUGGUGAAAAGUGGAAACAGCUAACAGGAAACGAAAUUGGAUUCUUGUUCGCCUUUUAUGAGUGGGAAAUGUAUACGUGUCUCGAUGAAAGGUUCAAGAAGAACCAUCCUCUAGCAAUGAUCAACUCCACAGUUUCAUCUCAAAUGAUCAAAAGUAUGGCAGAGAUUGAAAAUUUCCAUUUCGAAGAUACUCUUACGGGGUUCAAGUGGUUGGGUAAUCAAGCGAAGGUCCUCGAGGAAAAAGGUUAUUACGUUCCCUUUGGUUACGAGGAGGCAAUUGGCUACAUGUUCCCAAGUGUCGAGCACGACAAAGAUGGUAUUAGUGCUGCUAUUGUCUUUUUGCAGAUGUAUUCAAAGUGGCAGUCUGAGGGUCGCACACUUAUAGAUGUCUUAGAGGCCGGUUAUGAGAAAUACGGUGUGUUUAAGGAGUACAAUGGAUACUACGUUGUGCCUGAUCCUGCAUUAACUAACAAACUUUUUGAGAAAAUCAGAAACAGCUAUGUCUCAUUAGGAAAACGAUACCCAUCUGAGAUCGGGCCGACGUUUCAAGUAAUGUCUUUCAGGGACCUCACAGUUGGUUUCCAGUCUGACACACAAGAUCAUAAACCAUUGCUGCCGGUAGACUCGUCCUCUCAAAUGAUCACUGCAACGCUGAAACCCGUUCAUUCUCAAAAUUCAAUUCCCGAGCGUGUGAGGUUCACCAUACGAGGAUCCGGAACUGAACCUAAGCUUAAAGUUUACAUCGAAGCAGUCUCAAAUACGGAAGCUGCUGCUCAAGAUUUGGCUCUUCAAGCAUGGGACGCGCUUAAAACUGAGUGGUUCAAGCCCUCGGAAAAUGGCAUCUCGACGGUUUUUUAA